AUGGAUAGGUUUGACUCUAGCUCAAGCGAUCGCGCAGAUUCGUCUGGUAACGCGCGUUUCACAUCCCAGGCCGCGACAGCAGAAGAUUUGCUGAAGGCGCAAACUGUCGGCCUCAAAGGAGCGAGGCGACGCCGCAAUCAGCUCAGGCGAAAACACACCUACAGACGGUACAGGGCAUCGACGCCAAAACCCGUUUUCAAGAAGAAGCGCAAAGUAGCCGGUAAAGGCAAGCUGUCAUUCGGCAUAGACGAAGGCGAAGACACCGAAUCUAAUGUCUCCAAGACGCCCACCCCUCGCGAAGGCACUCCCGCCGAGAGUUCUGCCCCAGAAGCAGAAGGGAAGGUGUUCAAGAAGAAGCUGGGCGCAAACUCGAGCAUCGGUCUCAAGCCUCGCGUCAUGACCAAGACGGCUCUCCAACGUGAAGCGCAACAAGCAGAACUGGCACGGCAAGACUUUGUUGUCAUGCGUGACGCAGUCAAGGCGACCGAGGUAGUGAUACCCUUCGUCUUCUAUGAUGGCACCAAUAUUCCAGGUGGACGAUGUAGGAUCAAGAAGGGCGAGCAGAUAUGGCUGUUCCUAGACAAGGCCAGAAAAGUUGGUGCAGAGCUAGGCGUAGGUGGUGACAAGAGUCGAAGAGAUUGGGCCAGGGUCAGCGUAGACGACUUGAUGCUCGUAAGAGGUGAAGUCAUCUUACCGCAUCAUUACGAAAUCUACCAUUUCCUAUUCAACAGAGUCACUGGCUUUGAUGGCCGUAUCUUCGACUACUCGGCGCAACCCACCAAAGCUACUCCAAGCGCGACCGAUGCCGACGCAGAAGUAGAUCCGGCUACAUACGACCCGCUUGCUCAACCCCUCAAGAAGAAGAGCAAGGAGUCCAGUAUACCAGAUGAAGAACUGGAGGGUUAUGGUGAAGACCCAGCGUUGACCAAGGUUGUGGACAGGCGGUGGUACGAGCGCAACAAGCAUAUUUUCCCUGCGAGUGCGUGGACAGAGUACGCACCAGACAAGGACCUGUCAAAGGUGCAACGAAAGGACAAUGAGGGCAAUGCCUUCUUUUUCUCGUGA